CCAUAUUUCUCACCUAUUGCCUUCUGUUUCUCCUCUGUAGGGAAAUGAAGCAAGUUACCCCCUGGAAAUGUGCUCGCAUUUCGAUGCUGAUGAGAUUAAGCGUCUGGGAAAGAGGUUUAAGAAACUGGACCUAGAUAACUCUGGAUCCCUUAGCGUGGAGGAGUUCAUGUCCCUGCCUGAACUCCAGCAGAACCCACUGGUCCAGAGGGUCAUCGACAUCUUCGACACCGAUGGAAACGGAGAGGUGGACUUCAAGGAAUUCAUCGAGGGAGUCUCACAGUUCAGUGUCAAGGGGGACAAGGAGUCAAAACUUCGGUUUGCCUUCCGGAUCUACGACAUGGACAAGGAUGGCUACAUCUCCAACGGAGAGCUCUUCCAGGUGCUGAAGAUGAUGGUAGGAAACAACCUGAAGGACACCCAGCUGCAGCAGAUCGUGGACAAGACCAUCAUCAACGCAGACAAGGACGGAGACGGCAGGAUAUCCUUCGAAGAGUUCUGCUUAGUGGUGGGUGGCCUUGACAUACACAAAAGAUGGUGGUGGACGUGUGAGCCCCCCCCGCUCCUCCCCCCUCGCUUUCUUCUCCGUCUGUCUCUGAAGAUCUGCUCAAGACAUCUGACAAACGCUCCCUGUGUAUUUCAAUGGAAGUAUUCUCUCUCUCCUUGAAGCCACUUUUUUUCUGAAGAAACCACGAGCCUCGUGAAGCCAACUGUGUUAUUCAACUCCUCUCAAUAACACGAAGAAAGACAGAUAUUGUUGUUUGUAAAGAACAUCCCAGUUCAAUGGAGGAGGGAGAGGGAGAAAUGUUUGCUUGUUUAUAUUUAGUUCAUUUUUUCCCUUAGUUUAAAAAAAAUAUAUAUUUAUUUUCGUUCUGGUCUCUUUUUUUUUUUAAAUACACAAAUACUCAUGUAUAUCUAUAACUGCUCUCUCGUGGUUAAAUGUGACGUUAUCUGAGGUGUUACAUUAAAUAAAAAUACUUGAUUUCAGUUACAAUUGAAAAAAAGUAGGGUGUGAAGUGCCAACCAGGACAUACCCAGAAACCAGCUGAUAUUGUUAUUACUAUGAACUAUUAUCCACGUCGCUGUCAGUGAUGGAUGACUAGGGUGUGAAACGUCAAGCGUUCCCACGUCAUCACAUGAUGACUAGGGUGUGAAACGUCAAGCGUUCCCACGUCAUCACAUGAUGACCCGAUGCACAUUUUAUUUUCACAAAUAAACAGCGAUCUCUUUUGUUCCAUUUACAUCCUCUUGAGCAAGUUGCGAUUAGAUCAGUUAAACUUCCAAUGCUAUGAAACAUAAAAUAUAAUGUUAUCGUAACAUGAGUGUUUUAUUUAUAGUUACUUAUAUUGUCGGAAAUGAUUAUUCUGUUGUUGUUUUUUUUCAGACUUUCUGGAAGAAGAAAAAAAACUAAAUGUCAAGUAGAGAUACAUGCCAAGAAA